AUGAAGUGGCCCGCCCAAAUCAUACAGAUAAAAUCGGUAGACCGGUGUAGUUCAUCGUCUGUGUCAUCAUGUACGGCAAAUCACUCAUCUUGGCUACCACUCUCUUGGGAACCCAUUCUCGAGCUGCUGUGCUCCCUCGCGCUAGCAUUGACCAUGAUGCUGUCGUGGGAUUUGACCAGACGGUCCCCAGCGGCACCACGGGCGAGGUCUAUCUGGCCUAUCAACCAGAUCUCGGUAGAUGCCGAGGGUAAUACCAACGCCGGCCUCGAGCCAACCGGGGAUUCCAGUGGGAGCUGUAGUAGCAGUACCGGCCAAAUCUAUGUUAGAGGCGGCAUAUCGGGAGACUAUUAUGCCCUUAUGUACUCUUGGUACUUCCCCAAAGACGAGCCAUCCACCGGCCUAGGCCACCGCCAUGAUUGGGAAGGUGUUAUUGUUUGGCUGUCCGACUCCACGUCGACCUCCGCUGAUAAUAUCGUGGCGGUUUGUCCGUCUGCACAUGGGGGCUGGGACUGUUCGACCGACGGCUACACGCUCGAUGGUACCACCCCAUUGAUUCAAUACUACAGUGUCUGGCCGGUCAAUCAUCAAUGUGGACUGACAACCACUGUCGGCGGUACACAACCCUUGAUUGCCUGGGAGAGUCUCCCGACUGCUGCCAGUACGGCCCUGGAAGACACGGAUUUUGGAGACGCCAAUGUUCCAUUCAAGGAUGCGAACUUCUCAUCCAACCUCGAAAAAGCCACUUUUUGA